CUAUAGUUAGAAAUUCUCCUUUACAUCUUUAUCUGCAUGCCUGUGAUCUGUGAUAUAUUUUCUCUCUGAGUACAUUGGUUUUGGCUUUCAUAUUCAUGUUGCCUUCAUAAGAAAAUAUUCUCGAACUACAAACUCAAGAGAAUAGUUUUGUGAAACUGAACCACCAUGGCUACACAUUCCAACUCUUCAUUCCUUCUCCACCUUUCCCUCAUCAUCACAGCACUCUGCAUUGCUGUUUCACAACCCUUCAUCGGCGUCAACUACGGCCAGGUCGCCGACAACCUUCCGUCGCCGGAGGCCUCUGUGGAGCUUCUCAAAUCUACGACGGUCGGGAAAGUACGUCUAUACGGCGCGGAUCCGGCGAUCAUAAAGGCGCUAGCGAACUCCGGCAUUGGAAUCGUCAUCGGCGUGGCCAACGGCGACAUUCCGAGUUUGGCAUCUCAUCCCGACUCGGCCACUCAGUGGGUCAACGCGAACGUGUUGCCACAUUACCCCGAAAGCAACAUCACUAUGAUCGCCGUCGGCAAUGAGAUCAUGGGCUCCGGCGACGAUGGCCUCGUGUCGCAGCUACUCCCGGCGAUGCAAAAUGUCCAGAAUGCCCUCAACUCGGCCUCACUCGGUGGCAAAAUAAAAGUUUCCACGGUGCAUUCUAUGGCUGUGUUGACUCGGUCGGAGCCUCCCUCGGCCGGGUCGUUCGACCCAGGUUUGAUGGAUAUCCUCCAACCGUUGGUAGCGUUUUUGAAGAAUAACGAGUCACCUUUCGCCAUCAACCCAUACCCGUUCUUCGCUUACCGGAGCGACCCGAGACCCGAAACACUCGCAUUCUGUCUAUUUCAGCCAAAUUCGGGUCGGGUCGAUCAGGUCAGCGGGAAGAUUUAUUCCAACAUGUUUGACGCUCAGGUGGAUGCAGUGCACUCUGCUUUGAGCAGCAUGGGGUUUGAGGAGAUGGAGAUAGUGAUUGCUGAGACAGGAUGGCCCUCUCGUGGGGACAGGAAUGAAGCAGGAGCAAGUGUUGAAAACGCAAGAGCCUACAAUGGAAACCUAAUUGCACAUCUUAGAUCAAUGGUUGGCACUCCUUCCAUGCCUGCCAAAUCUCUGGACACAUUCAUUUUUGCACUCUAUGAUGAGGAUCUCAAACCUGGUCCACCAUCUGAGAGAGCCUUUGGCCUCUUCAAAACUGAUCUCACCAUGGCAUAUGAUGUUGGCCUAGCCAACUCUGCCUCAACCCAUAAGAAUCCACCGACCAGUCCUUAUGGUCCUUAUACUCCUGAAAGGGAAACACAAUGGUGUGUUCCAAAGGUGGAAGUGAGUGAGGAUGAAUUGCAGAGAAAUAUUGAUUAUAUCUGUGGUAACUUAGCUAUAGAUUGUGGAGCAAUUCAGCCAGGAGGUGUUUGUUAUGAACCUAACACAGUCUUGUCUCAUGCUACCUUUGCUAUGAAUCUCUACUACCAGAACAUUGGAAGAAAUCCAUGGAACUGUGAUUUUUCUCAAACAGCAAUGCUUACUUCUCAAAAUCCAAGUUACAGUGAUUGUGUUUAUCCUGGUGGAAGUACCUGAAAAGACUUCAACUUUGUCUGUUCAAAAUUUUAUUUACACUACAAUUGGAUCCAGGAAUAAGAGUCGAUCAUUUUGGCCUCUUUUAUUCAUGUUAUUUUAAUUUCAAAUAGGUUCAACGAAUCAAUUUAAAUGGAUACCAAUUAUCCUUCUCUGUGUCAUGUAUCUCUCAGUGUGUUAGAAAGCAAGAUGCAAAUUAAGUUAAUAAAAGUCACAGUUUACAAUUAUGUUCCUUUCAA